UUCACAGUCCUGCAGUGCUGUGUGGCCGAGCAGAGGAUGUUUCGUGGUUCCAGCUCCUCCGUUUUAUUCCACUUCAUGUUGCUGCUCGGUCUCCUCAUGGCCGCAGUCACACUGGGACUCAACCUCCACCAGCAAGAACUUACACCUGACAAGAAUUUGUCUUCCUGUGGUCCAUUUGGGAAUGAUAAGACUGUCCUUAUUGUGGCAGGAGAUUGUGUGGACAGCCUCCCCAGUCUGGCACAGAGUACUCUCCGCUACCUGGCCUCUGAGGCCUUCGCCCUGCCGCUCAUACUCGCUGAGGUUAUAAUCUUAACCUCAUUCGUGUCACGGAGACGAGCCAAUCAGAAGGCCAUCGAGAGGCUGAAGGACAUGCUGGUUAUGAGCAGCUCAGAUAAACGCUUCCUGGUCAAACAGCAUGCCACCAUACUCAGAGGUAAAAGAAACAACUACAGGGUCCUCUCUGUCGACAUCCAAGAGGACCCUCCCUCAUCUCCUACAGAGUGAAUACAGAGUCCACUCUGUGUGGCCUCUCCAUCUUUACAUCCAGAGACUUUCAUUAGAAAUAUAAAGGCUUUUUAGUCGGACAGCAGCUGAGUGAAAGACUGCAGGGGCUCGAUUAAAAAACGUAUUAGGUUGAUGAACUCUCACAUUUCAGUUACAUGACAUACAGAGAUGAAAAAGGCAAUGCUGUGAAAUGUUUUAAAGUUCAUAUUUUUUGUCCAAUUUGUCAAUUUUCUGUCAUAUUGAAAAGUUGUGUGUAUGUGGGGGAGGGGGGGGGAGAGUUUAGCCUUGAGUUUGUUAAAGCUUCUGUGGGAACUUGUGGUUUGUGUUGAUUUUGUGGACAAAGCAGCACAUUUUAUGCCUUUAGUGAUUUUGAACUGUACAUCUUUAAUAGUGUUUUUUUUUGUUGUUGUUUUUUACAAAAUGUUGCUUCCUGCUUUUUUUAGGCAGUCAAAUGUAUCAUAUCAGUGAAAAAAAAAAUGAGGGAGAGGCAGCAUGAUGUUAAUCACCUUGGCCGACACCUAACCCUAGCAGAAGUUUCAGGCAUUAAAAAUAACUCUUCAGAAAUAGUCAGUCUUAUCUAUUAUGGUCUUGUUUGCUUUUGAACUUCAUGAAGAGGCAACAGUAUUAAUAUCUGCCUGUUUCACAACCAGCUAAAAACUAUUUACAGGAGCUUUAAGCUUAUUUUAAAGCCAGUGUUUAAACCUUUAAAUGUUUAUAAGUGAAUGCAUAAUUCAUGCAAAUGCUUUAAUAUACUUUCUCUAUGUUUUUUUGUUAUAAAUAUCCUGCUCAUUAAACAUUUGAUAGUUUGUGCAUUUUAA